AUGGUCGUUAUUCCCAACUGGAGGGUCCUGGCACGGGCCUUUUCUCACUACUGGGAUGAGAAGCCUGCUCAGCAGACUGAGCCCGGGUCUCUCCUCACCAUCUUGGUGUCGGCAGGUUCCGUGGCGUUCCUGGGGCUGUACCUUGUGUUCGGCUAUGGCGCUUCGCUGCUCUGCAACCUCAUCGGCUUUGCCUACCCCGCAUACGUCUCCAUCAAAGCCAUCGAGAGCUCCAGCAAGGAGGACGACACCACGUGGCUGACAUACUGGGUGGUGUACGGCGUCUUCAGCGUAGCCGAGUUCUUCUCCGACACCUUCCUCUACUGGUUCCCAUUCUACUACGCUGGGAAGUGCCUGUUCCUGGUGUGGUGCAUGGCCCCCGUGUCCUGGAACGGGUCACAGGUGCUCUACCAGAACGUCAUCCGGCCCUGCUUCCUCAGGCACCACCAGACCGUGGACAACAUGCUGGGCAACCUCAGCACCAAAGCCCUGGAUGUGGCCUCCAGCGUCACCCGAGAAGGUAACGCGGGUCCCCCGGUCCCCGCUGUCCUGCUCCGUGUCCGGGGCAGGCGGUUUUCCCUGGAGCACGGCCCGGCUCCGCUGGGACACGGGCAGCUCUCUUUUUACUGGCAAGCGGCCGCCUCUCCGUGA